AUGGCUAGCUGCCGCAACCGACGCUUUGCCGGCACGUACGUCGCGGAGUUGGUAGAAGUUCAAGGGUGGUUGAGAAUAGGCGUGAAAGACGUCGUUUUCUUGAAUGACUUCGACUCGAUAAAAGAUUUGCUGACCAGAAAAGAAGUUCUAAACCGUACCGACAACUUCCUUCUUGAUCGAACCGGCGUUAAAGGUGUUGUGUCACUCAACGGUGAAGCAUGGCAAGACAAUCGUAGAUUCUGCCUUCACGUACUUCGUGACGUUGGAUUUGGGAGAAAACCGAUGGAAGAACACAUAAAGGAUGAAGUGCAGUACCUCGUUGACAAAAUCCAGCAGCUGCGCGGUUCGCCAGUGGACCUUCGCAAAUACUUGGUCCCGAGCAUGUCGAACAACAUCACGUCGCUGGUGUUCGGCCAACGUUACCCAUUCGAAGACCACAGGCGCAAGUUCUUGGACGAGCGGUUACGGAAGGUGGUGCAGAUAAUUGGGUCCGGAGGCCUAUUUUCCUUCCUUCCAGCCUGGAUGUUUCUCCUUUUUUCAAUGCUUCCAUUCACUAACGUGAGCAAAAUCACUGGAAUCGUCAAAGAAAUGUUCGAGUACGUCUCCAAGGAAGUCAGAGAGCACAGAAGCACGCUUCACGAAAGCAUCAAUCGAGAUUUCAUUGACGGAUACAUAAGAAAGAUGGAGGAGAACGAAAACAACCCACACUCAAACUUUAAAAUGGGAAACCUUUUGGGAAAUGUCGUGAACUUUUUCGGAGCUGGAUCCAACACAGUGCAGCUGUCGAUACAGUGGCACCUCCUGAACUGCGCCGACAAAGUGGACACGGUGCAGCGCAACAUUCAGAACGAGGUGGACCGCGUGGUCGGGCGUGAGAGACAGCCCUGCUGGGAGGAUCACAACAGGAUGCACUUCACUAUGGCCACCAUCUGGGAAAUGCACCGAUGGCGCACGGUCGCACCACUCAGCAUCCCGAGGGAGACUGCUGAAGACGUCGAGUACAAAGAUUACUUCAUUCCAAAGGGAACUGUGAUACUUUCAAAUCUUUCGGCUGUUCACUUCAACCCCGCAUUUUGGGAAAGUCCUGAGGUGUUCGACCCGUACAGAUUCCUAAAAAAGGACGGCUCUGGACUGAUAGCCAAGCCAGAUCAGCUUAUUCCUUUCUCUAUCGGUAGAAGAAUGUGUCCUGGUGAAACCCUCGCUACCAUAGAGAUCUUCCUCUACCUAACAACGCUGCUUCAAAAUUUCACCGUGAUGCCGUUGGAGGGAAAAAGAGUUCAUUUGCAGCCAGCUAUGGUUGCGCUAAAUGUACCCGCACCGCAACAGCUCAAGUUUGUGCAUCGCUGGUACCCUCCAUGUGACUACAUUUCUGACCUUUGGCAAUGGCACGAACACCGGAUGCAAACGCUGCUUGUGGCCAAUACAGAGCAACUGUGGUUGCGUCUCUAUUCUCGCGCAAAUAUCUUUCAGUGCUUUGGGGAGCCUUCCAGCUGCCACGUGCAUCAACCGCCUACAAUGGAUUCUCUUGGUGAAAUCAUAUCCAAUGUGCAGGUAAAUGAGGCUUCAGGAGAUACAACAACACUCAUCCUGGCGAUGUUAGUGUCUUUUAUACUGCUGAUUUCAAGUGCUCUAUGGUUGCGCAGUGACCGUGCGCCUAGAGGUACCAAACUUCCACCAGGACCACUUGGACUUCCACUUAUUGGUAACAUACGAUUAAGCACGAACAUAUUUAGCCCCGACAAUCUCAAGAAAUGGACAGAAACAUAUGGUCCUGUCUUUCGACUGAAAAUCGGCUUCAGUAACGUUGUCGUCCUGAACGAUUUCGAAUCCAUAAGCGAAGUGCUGUCCAUGAAGGAACUGUUGUACCGGACCGGUAAUCUCACUGUCGACGAAGCGGGAUUUCGAGGUCUUUUGUCAUUGAAUGGACAAGCCUGGAUUGACAACCGGCGUUUUUGCCUCCACGUGCUGCGUGAUCUUGGAUUUGGGAGGAGCUCCAUGGAAGAAAAACUUAAGGAAGAAGCACAGUACCUGACUGAAAAGAUUGCUGAACAUAUCGGUGCACCCUUAGCCAUCCAGGAUUUACUCGUGCCCAGCACAUCCAACAAUGUUACAGCACUUGUAUUUGGGACGCGGUAUGCAUUUGAAGACGCCCGGAGGCAGUUUUUGGAUGAUCGACUCAAGAAGCUGUCAAGAUUCAUCGGUGCCAGAAGACUGAGUCUUCUUCUGCCUAGGUGGAUAAACCAGCUGGCCGCCAAAAUACCAGUCCUGAAAAAUAACCUCGCUGGACCCAUUCUCGAUGAGCUACUCGCCUUUUUCAGAAGCGAAAUACGAGAGCAUGAAGCAACUUUGGACGAGCACACUGAUCGGGACUUCAUUGACGCUUACAUCAAGAAAAUAAGAGAGAAUGUGGGGCCAAAUGAAAGCUCCAGCUUUCAGAUGAAUUCCCUGAUUGGAAACAUCUUCAGCUUCUUCGUUGCCGGUUCGAGCACCGUAAAAGAGACGCUUCAAUGGCACCUGCUAGUGUGCGCCGACAAGCCUGACUUCGUGCAGAGAAGAAUACAAGAAGAGAUCGACAAAGUGAUUGGCCGCGAGAGGGUGCCAUCGUGGGCUGACCACAAAGCUAUGCCUUUCACCGUGGCCGUUCUUUGGGAAGUCUACCGAUGGCGAACGGUCACGCCACUCGGAAUCCCGAGAAUAGCUGGCGAGAACGCUGUCUUCAAAAACCACUUCAUCCCGAAAGGCACCACUGUGAUCGCUAACCUACGGGCAGUGCACAUGAGCCCGGACUACUGGAAAAAUCCAGAAGAGUUCAACCCACAACGUUUUUUGAAGGAGGAUGGUUCAGAAUUGCUGCCCAAACCAGAUCAACUCAUUCCAUUUUCGACUGGAAAGCGAAUGUGUCCUGGAGAAACGAUGGCCACAGUAGAAAUCUUCUUAUAUCUGACGACAAUACUGCAGAAGUUCAACGUUCUCCCUGAAGCUCACGGAGUCAAUCUCUCAUCAGGCGCUUCAACUCUCAGCCAGGCUCAAAAACAAAAGCUUCGCUUCGUGCCUCGUUAAUGUUAAAAAAA